UAUAAUUAAAAGAUAAUACGAGAAAGGGAAAAAAUGUCUGUAAAUGUUAUAAAAGAAUUACCGAACAAUACAUACGGCAAACAGGAGAGUCUUAAGGUUAUUGUUUUUGCGGACGAAUUCAUUCAUGAUUUUAAACCCAUCGAAAAAGUUUAUCCUAGCAUUCUUUUGCCUGUUGUUACUUUGCCACUUUUAGAUUAUCUAAUAGAAAAUUUAAUACGCUCACGAGUACAAACAGUUUAUUUGUACUACAGUAGCUCUCUUAACAAGGCUAAAAUUACAGAUUCAAUAAAACAUUUUCAAGAUAAAAAUAUAAUAAUAAUACCUAUACAAUUGAAUGAUUCUGGAUCGCUUGGGGAUGCUCUUAGAGAUAUAGAUACAAAUGGUUGUAUCAGAGAUGAUUUUAUAUUAAUACGUGGUCCAGUAUUCGCUAAUAUUGAUUUACGGACGCUUAUGGACUUACAUAGAGUUCGAAAAGAGAAAGACAAAAAUGUUGUCUUAACCAUGGUUCUUAGAAAUCUUGGUAAUAUCAAAGAUUCCGCUUUAAAAAAUGAAUCUACUUUAGUUGUUUCGACUGCCAAUACAAGAAGAAUACUCCAUUACAAAAAAUUAAAUUCAAAUGAAAAAAAAAUUAAACUCGAACUACAGUGGUUUUUAGAUCACGAUAAUGUUCAUAUAAAUACUGCCUUAUUCGAUACUCGUAUUUAUGUAUGUUCUCAAUCUGUUCUUCCUUUAUUUGCUGAUAAUUUUGAUUUUCAGACAAUGGAAGAUUUUAUUCGUGGAGUUUUAAUAAACGAAGAGUUUUUAGAUUCAAGAAUAUAUUGGGAGCCUUUAAUAUAUCCAACUUAUGCACUACCGAUUACUUCAUGGAAAGCUUAUAAAAUUCUUUCUAGAGAUAUUCUACAACGUCACUGUUAUCCUCUAGUUCCAGAUACAUUGCCAUUAUCAUUAAGGAAUUUUAUCUAUCUGCCCAAAAUUAUAUAUAAACACUCUAGCUCAAUAUUAUCUAAAGGCUGUACUUUACAUAGUGCAUCACUUGUUGGUGAACAUAGUACAUUAGGAAAAAAUUCAUUUAUUAAAAGAUCUGUUAUUGGACCUUCGUGUAAUAUAGGAAAGAAUGUUCAUAUUAAUAAUUCAUAUCUUUUUUCAUAUGUUCAAAUUGAGGAUAAUUGUGAAGUGACUAAUAGUAUUAUUUUUUCAAAUUGUUUUAUAGAAAAAGAUCUUAAAAUAACCGAUUGCAUAAUAUUAGAUGCUAUUAAAUGCUCGAAAAAUCAUAGUAAUGCACUUAUUGGAAUUUCUGAUUGGGAUAUUGAACAUAUGAAAGAGCCUUUGAGUGACUGUGAUAGUAACUUUGCAACCAUUCUUACUGAAAAUGAUCAUGAUAUUGACUCUGACGAAGAUGCAUCAUUAUCCUCAUCUCUUUCAUCAGCAUCGUCAUCGCCUUCAUUAAAAGAUUCAUCGCCUCCACCAGCAUUUCAAGAUGAUCACGAAAUGUUUUUAUCUGAGGUUAUUGACAGCUUGUUACGUGGCUACCAAGACAAGCUUAAGUGCGAAAAUUUAAUUUUAGAAAUUAAUUCUUCAAGAUAUGCUUACAAUAUUAGUAUAAGACAAGUUUCUUAUAAUGUUAUCAAAGCAAUUCUAAAUCUGUCUUUAUUACAUUAUAAUUCUAUAUCAAAAAUUAGCCUCAGCUCAAAUAAUGCUGAGUAUUACAAAAUCUUAAAGACAAUGUUAAAUUUUUUUAAACCUAUAAUUGUGAAUUACAUUAAAACCCCAAAUGCUCAAGAGGAUUGCUUACGUGCCAUUGAAGAUGUAGCUUCUUCGAGUCAAGAAUUAAUUUUACCAUAUGUACUAAAUUUAUUACAUUUCUUUUAUGAUAACGAUAUUUUAUUUGAAGAAAAAAUCAUUGAAUGGUAUGAGCAAGAUUGCGAUGAUAUUCAAGACACUUCGCAAGACUGCGAUAGUGACAAUGAGGAUUGCUUAAAACAAGAAAGUAAGAAAAAUAUAGCAAGAGCCAUAAGAAACACGGUUGCACCUUUUAUAAAAUGGCUAAGAGAAGCUGAAGAAGACUCAUCUACUUCAUCUUAAUUAUAAAUACAUAAAAAUUAUAAUAAAAUAAAUUAAUUUUAA